CCUUUGUAGUCUUUUCUUGCUUGUGGCUAUUUUCCCUACUAUUCCCCCCAAGUUUCCGCAAUCUCCUUUUUUUUAUCCUGAGCUUUUUAAAAAUUAUUUUUCCACGAUCCCGACUUGUCCUCAAGAUCUCUAAAGAAGGAUCUGUCUCUUCAGGUAACCUUCCCUCAGAAUGGCUUCAUUUUGGGCCCAAAGGGCCUAAGGUGUAUUGAGUCAAUACCUAUGGCUGGUGCUUUUCGGUACAAGGCUAUAUGACAGGCAUAAAAGGCACAAUUGAAAGAGCGAGGCAAGGGAGAAGAGGCCGGACCGUUCUUCACCGUUAUGGCACUAAACCGGAGACUUAAAUUUGGCUUCACUGUGGCGGCGGCCCUCAUCCAAUUUGUCAUCCUUUUCACAUUAAAGAAAUAUAAAAAUUCGAUACUACCGAAGCCAGAUAACCAUGUCCAAUUUUACCAGAAACCUGAAAAUGUUCAGUGGAUAAAUGAAUUACCAAUGCAGGAAAGAAAAAAACUGGUGCAUUUGCUGCACACGCAGGAGGUUCCUUGGAAACCCGAUGUCACAAAAGUGGCUCAAUACAGGGCUGAACUUGGGCAAUGUUGCAAUGCUUCUGUCCAGCUAGUCCUAACCAAGGAAAACGUACCUCUAGGAUCAAAUAUUACCUAUGUAAACGGCAAUGCCAAAGUAGCUGUGAAAGCUGACCUCAUAGAGCUGCUGCCAAAGAUAUCGCCUUUCUCACAUUCUCGGUAUAAGCAUUGUGCAGUGGUGGGCAAUAGUGGAAUCUUGCGACAAAGCCGCUGUGGACAAGAGAUCGACCUGGCAGAUCUAGUAGUCAGAUUCAACCUGCCUCCUUUGAUGUUCCCUGAAGAUACCGGAACUAAGACAACCUUGAUGACCAUCAACCCCAGCAUCCUUAAGGAGAAAUUCCAUUUCUUGCAGAAAGAAUGGGAUCUCUUUGUAGAUGCCCUGAACCCGUACGUCAAUGCUGUCUUCCUCAUCCCAGCCUUCACUCAUCCAGACAAUGAGGGCAUGGCCUACCGUGCCCUGUAUACCAUGGAGGCAAUGGGGCUGGGAAAGAAGGUCUUCUUCUUGAAUCCAAAGUACCAGCGUAGCCUGACUGACUACUGGAGGGGUGAACGCUCUUGGUCACCACGUCUCUCCUCCGGCUUCAUAUUUAUCAACAUGGCUUUGGAAUUUUGCCAGCACAUCACCCUCUAUGGCUUCUGGCCCUUCUCGCGUGACCUGGAUGGACAGGCUGUCUCUUACCACUACUACGAUGACGCUUUGCCCAGUGAUACUGCACACAACAUGUCCACUGAAUUCUCACAUUACCUUCACUUGUACUCCCAGAAAGUGUUGUUCUUCCGAUAUGGAAAAUGCAUAUGAGGUAUGUGUAGGAAUGGGACCCAUGGGCAAAUAGACUGAGUAAUAGGUUUCUAUUAUAACACCAGCUGUAUGACUGAUCAUCCGGAAGUGUAAAAAAUUGGUCAAUUUGGCUUUGGAGGAAGCUGAGAUUUAGGAAGUCACACAUUCUCCUUCCCUGAUUCUUCUAGGAGUAUUUUGUGCUAGCAGUUUUCUCUUUCUCAAAGCUGUACAUACAAAUCAAGUAGUCUUUUGCAAGGUACAUAAAAAGCAUGAAUUUCCUUCUAGCAGGAGCCUUUUUUUUUGCCUAUGGCUGGAUCUGCACUGCCAUAUAUUGCAUUUUGGAACUGUAUACCCAUACAAUGCAGUUUAACUGCAUUGAACUACAUUAUAUGGGUCAACAUCAACCAUAUAAUGCAAUUCUAAACUGCAUUAUAUGGCAGUGUAGAUCUAGCCUGUAUCCUCACUAACUUGUUCUAGACACAUGGUGAACCUCCACUAUCUAUUCCACCAAAACCUUUCUCUCUCUGCCCACUUUCUCCCACUUACUUACAUCACUAGUAGUAGAACAAGCUUUCAAAAAUGCUUGUUAAGAUUUAGCUGAAUGGUACAAUUGAUUUUUAACUGUUAAUUCUCUUUGUAUACUUCUUUCUGCUUAUAUUGCAAAGUAUUGUUAUUCUCAUUUUACUGUGGAAAAGCACAGAUUGGCUCAAAUAAAUACAGAUGUUUGGCUUCAUCACCCAUCA